GCCGGCAGGGAGACACUGGGAGACAGAGACGAGGAGAGACACGCCGGGGGAGACAGAGACGAGGAGAGACGUACGAGGGAGACAGAGACGAGGAGAGACACGCCGGGGGGACUGGAGGAGACGCCGCCAACGCCUCCACCGCGGAGCAGGAGGAGUGAGCGCCGAGCCCGCGCCGCAGACAUUGACGAACGUCACAAUGGCAUGACGACAAAGGCAUCAGAAGCCCUCGAGACAAGUGUGCCUGGAGACAAGGAUAAAUCCAUCCCACAUCGGUGUGCCACGGAGGGCGUCAUGAACUCCCACAGCCAGCCAGGCGCCCUGCCCUCGAGCGUGCGGCCCGAGCUGGAGGCAGUGUUCCGGGGGCCCCCCCUGGAGCAGCGGGGCCCCGACCCGCGCUCCUCGCUGCACCAGCAGCUCAGCAUGGACAUGGAGAUGCUGCGCCGGAACCACCAGUUGCAGCAGCAGCUGCUGCUCGCCGAGUUCCAGCGCAAGUACCAGGAGAUGAACCAGCAGCAUCAGUCCGAGCUGCAGGACCGCCUGCAGGUGCUGGCGCUGCGACAGCAGCAGGAGUUGUUGGAGAGGCAGUUGAUGCAGGAGCAGGAGAGAGAUCGGCUGAGGAAAAUGCAGCAGCUGGAGCUCAAUGCUAUAAAACGCAAGGAUAAGGACCAGAACAGUGCCGUGGCCAGUCCUGCCGUCAGGAAACACCUCCAGCAGUUUGUCAAGAGCAGGCAGCCCCGUGAGUCUGGCACGACCAUCUCACAGGGCAAUGGAUCAGGCCCCACGGCACUAGGGGGACCCAGCACAUCCGAGGGCAGAGGCAACUACCCCCUCCGCAGAAUAGCCUCGGAACCCAUCCUCAAGGUGCGCUCCAAGCUGAGACAGCGUGUAAUCGAGAUGCGCUACACCCCGCUCCCACUGAACUCCAAGCCUCUGUGUGACGCCUCCGCGGGGAGGAAGCCUGCAGAAGGGCUGGACGCUCUGCCAUCCGACAGCGCCCCGGGCUCUGAGCAGAGUUCACCCAACAGCAGCUACAGCAACAUCGUGAAGCUGAACGGCACUACAGGAUCUGUACCCAACAUCCACGGAGAGCACGCAUUGGCGUUGGCAAUAAACCGGGAGCAGUCCGUGAGUCACCCCAACCUAUUCACAUCUCCAUCCCUUCCGAACAUCUCUCUGGGCCUCCCGCAGUCCCCAUCGCAGGGUGCUUCGGUGCUCAGCACGCAGCAGGAGGCGGAGAGGCAGGCCAUCCUGGCAGUGCGCCAGGGCGGCGCCCUCACCGGCCAGUUCCUUGCCAGCACGCCACUGCCCACACAGCUGCCCCUCGCCGGGCCCGAGCCCGAUGGCCAGCACAGCCUCAUGUACCCCUACUUUACACAGUCGACGGCCACUCCACCUAAAGGGCUCGUGGGCUGCGUGGGCGUGGUACCAGGUGUGGCCGUCGCCCCCCAGGCUGGCCUGCGCGCGGCUCCCACCCACCGCACUGUUAGCCGGACACACUCGGCGCCGCUGCCCCAGGCCCCCCAGGGCCUCCAGCACAUGGUUCUCAUGCAGAGGCACCAGCAGUUCCUUCGACGCCAGCAGCAUCUUCAACAGCAGCAGCUGCAGCAGCAGCAGAUGCAGCAGCAGCAGCAGCAGCGACAGCAGCUGCAGAGCUAUGACCAUCCGCGGCUUGCGCACAUGGAGGACGAGCUGAGCCCGCUGCGGCCUGCCUUCGGUCCCGGCGGCGUGGCCGGGGUCCCGCAUCUGGCGGCGACGGUGGUGAGCGGCGGCCCCGGCCCCUCUUCGCCUCCCCAGAUGGUGGCCAUAAAGCAGGAGCCCCGGGAAGAGGAGGGGCAGCUGGGCGAGCGGGUAGACGAGAGGGAGCGGCAGGCGGAGGAGCAGCAGCAGGUGUUGCACACCAGACAGCAACGGCACUUGCAGUCACUGAUGGAGCAGCCGGAGACGCCGUGGGGCCUGGGCGCGCACCUCCCGCUGACGCGCGCACGCUCUUCGCCGGCGCACUACCCCUCUCCCCUGCCUCCUGAGCCCAACCGGCCGUCCUUCUCCACCGGCGUCGUGUACGACACCCUGAUGGUGCGGCACCAGUGCAGCUGCGGCGACGACAGCAACCACCCCGAGCACGCGGGGCGCAUCAUGGCGAUCUGGGCGCGCCUGCAGCAGACGGGGCUGCUCAGCAAGUGCGAGGUGAUCGCGGGGCGCAAGGCCUCGCUCAAGGACAUCCAGACGGUGCACUCGGAGCUCCACGUGCUGCGUUACGGCACCAACCCUCUCAACCGCCAGAAACUGGACACACAGGGCCUGCUCGACGCUCAGCCGACACAGCUCAUGCUGCUGCGGUGCGGGGGCGUUGGGGUCGACAGCGACACGUACUGGAGCGACGCUCAUUCGGGCAGCGCAGCACGCAUGGCGGCCGGCUCCGUCACCACGCUCGCCUUCCACGUUGCGUCGGGGCAACUCAAGAAUGGCUUUGCAAUCGUCCGCCCGCCCGGCCAUCACGCCGAAGAGUCUGCCGUGAUGGGUUUCUGCGUCUUCAAUUCGGUGGCGAUCGCAGCGAAGCUACUCCUGCAGGAGCUGCAUGUGCGCAGGAUCCUCAUCGUCGAUCUGGAUGUGCACCAUGGUAACGGCACACAGCAGGCGUUCUACAACGACCCCAGGGUCCUCUAUCUUUCCCUCCAUCGCUAUGACAACGGAAACUUCUUCCCCGGCAGCGGGGCGUCCAGCGAGGUGGGCGUGGGGCCGGGAGAGGGAUUCACAGUGAACGUGUCGUGGACCGGUGGGCUGGACCCCCCCAUGGGGGACGCCGACUACCUCGCCGCCUUCCGGACGGUGGUGAUGCCCAUCGCAAUGGAGUUUGAGCCGGACGUGGUGCUGGUCUCGGCCGGGUUCGACGCGCUGGAUGGACACCCGCCGCAGCUCGGGGGGUACAAGCUCACCGCCUCCUGCUUUGGGCAUCUGGUUCGCCAGCUCAUGAGCUUGGCCAACGGGCGGGUGGUGCUCUCCCUGGAAGGGGGUCACGAGUUGGGAGCGUUGUGCGACGGCACCGAGGCCUGCCUGCACGCCCUACUGGGCGACCAGCUGGAUCCGCUCCCAAAGGAUGUUUUGGAUCAGAGGCCUAAUCAAAAUGCGGCGGAGACUCUGGAGAAGGUCAUCAACAUUCAGGGCAAGUACUGGGCGAGUGUGCGGCGCGGCGUGAGCACCGUGCGCCUCUCGCCGCUCGAAGCUCAGCGCAGGGAGCGCGAGGAGGUGGAGACCGUGUCCGCCAUGGCCUCCCUAUCGGUCGCCGUGCGCAGCGACAACGGCACGCCGGAACGGAGAUCCCUGGAGCCUAUGGAAGAGGAGGCCGACUGAACGAAUUCCCCACGGGUGACGGCGCGUCGCGCUACGUCUCCGCGCCUCGCAGCACUGAACCCGGGUGGCUCGCAACUCCUUACCCGCCGCUCUCGGCAGCGGCUGUCCGAGGUCGACUACGAUAACGGAACACUGCCGAUGACGCAAGUUUAAAUGGGAAACGGGUUCCCCAAACACGUACUUUCUGCGGUCGCCGCUCUCGACCGUGGUCUGCCCGUAGUCACGGCCUCGUGCGCCCGUGCGUGUGUCCGUGGGACACCCGGCCAGCUCGCUGAGCCCAGAGCUGGAAAGCCACCGCUGUGACCGUGACCGGCUGGGCCCCGCACGCCAGCCCCGGUGACGACAGUCUCUCUCACGCCGAGGCACGCCCGCGCCUCGGCAUUCCCCGAGCGAAAGACGUUCGAAGGUCACCCUUGUCCUGAAGCCAUCGCUAAAAGAAAUCCAGCAAUUUAUGUUGUACAUAGACGUGGAAAUUUACAUGAUAUAUAUUUUUAACGUUACUCUAAAAUUAUAUUUCAUAUAAAGAAAAUAAACGCCAAAUGUCGGACGUAAAGCACUAACGUGUGUAUGCACGCGUAAAUGCAUAUUCGCCGAGUGUCGACGUAGAAAUCGCGAUGAUUCGUAGAGUCGUGAAUGGGUUGUUAGUAGGAGCCAUCGCUUACCGAUGAUGCUGGGGUCAUGUCAGUAAUUCGUCCGGUUGUAAAUCCGUCGGCACAUUUGCAAGGUGACGCUUUGGUACUCGUGCGCAUUCAAAUCGGACGUGGCACGCUUUAACACGUGUCGUUAGCCAGCCAAUCGUUGUAUCUACCUGUGAGUGACAGCCAAUCACACAAGUGAGCCUGCAGGAGACAGCCAACCAGUCGACUCCCAGGCGACGUGAACGUUGAAACACUCGCCCCCCCCCUCACCCCUUCCCCGUUUUUUGGACCAGGUCUCAGGUGUCGCCGUAUCAUCACCGCGACACCGCCAAUGGGCUGUGGAGUCAUGGGAGCGAGGAUCCGCUUUGUUGUUUCGUUACCUUCAUAGUAUUGGCCUUCGUGCACGAUGUUUUUCUGGGCCCUUGCGGUGGAUUUACGGUGGAUUUACGGUGGAGUCCACCGCGCUGCUGUUCGAAGAGAAGCGGACGAGCCAUCGAAUCGCACACGUUGCCGGGUAAGCGUCGUGUGCGUGGCAUCCACUUGAGGGUUGCCCUGCCCUAAACGCUUGCUCCUUUUUUUUCUCCCACAUUUGCCUUGGCAGCACUUAAGGCUUUGCUGUUUUGUCUAGAGGUGCCUCUGAACGCAAAAUUACUCGCCGCGUUGCGGAGUGGCGAAACCGCUACACGGCACGUGAGACAGUCAGGACCGGUAAUCUGAAAAGCGCCGGUUUGGCGUUGACUCGUGCAGGAUAGCGAUGCAAGAAAUAACCGCAAGAUGCGGUUAUUUUUCAAAAUACGUCCCUGCCAAUGGGGGUAGACUUCAAAUCGGGAAAUUAACGCGUGACUUUCAAUGUAUGCACUAAUCUAAGGAGUCCACGUCACACCUGCAAACAAGGCGAUUUGUAAAUUCUCUAGGAACGGGAAAGUGUGGCAGUGUUCAUCUGAGACAGACACAAUUUCCAUUGGCUGGGAUUCAAUGCACACCGGUGCAUCCAUGGGGGCGGGCGGCUUCAUAGCAGGCAGUGCGAAAAAAAAUACGUUUUACGUCCUUUUGCUGUGAUUUGAAUUCUGCUCACAAGAGUGUGGCAUCUUGAGAAAUAUCUGUGUCUCGUACGUACUCGCCCUGUCGCCUGUGUGUGUGUUUGCUUGUGUACAUAGACGGCGGCGCGUUGGAGUGUAAAUAGGCGUGCCAGUGUAUCCUGUAAGAGAGCCUCAGUUCACCAUCGCGACUCCAUAGACAUUGGGACCAGUGGCAUCAUAAAUAAUGACACUUUACAGACUUGACACCGGUGCUCCCACAGACAGCAGACAGGUGACUUGCCCAGGAGUAUGGCAAAGCGCUAAACAUACAUAUUUCGUUGCCAAAUUAGAAAUGGCCUUUUGCACAAAAGAUCCAUUACAGGUUUUUAAGUGAACGCGUCAAUAGGCUCUGCCAGACGCCUGCUGGACAUUAGCCGUGGCCAUUCUUUUUGGUUGUUUGAAGCCACGUUCACUUGGCAAACAAGUUUAGUGCGGCUGUUUUCUUGCGUAUUCCUCAUUCUUACACACACUGCUCACAGUUGGGGAGGACCUAGCCGAAAAAUGCUAACAUUGAACGGGGAGGAGGAGGGAAAAAAAAAAGACUGGCGUUUGGUGCAGACGUGUUUUUUCUUUGGAAGAGAAAUACUCGGGAGAGUGUACGUGCGCCAGUCUCUUGCGAGCCCCCCCCCCGACCCCCCCCCCCCCCAUCUAAACACGCGCCACGCCGCUGCCAAACUCCGCAGAGCGCCGAGCACCCAGCGUUCAAUAUUGCCCGAGGGCGGACCCUUAUCGGUUUGUGAAAUUCGUGUCAGUUUUCGGUUCUGUACGUGUGUGGCUAAGGAUAAUUUGUCGCCUAUGGUGAAUGGGGAAACAUCUCGGGCUGUACGCGUGCGGAAUGAAAAUGCGGCCCUGGGUGGUGCGCGGUCCGACCGAAUUAUCCCGGCGUGUCGAUUUACGAACAACGGAAUGAUGUACAGUUUUGUCUUACUUUUCAUAAUAUAUAUUUUCAUCAAAUAUGUAAACUAAUAUAUUUUACGUAGAAUACCUAUAUGGGAGAGACCUGGUUAAUCCGCAUUUUAGAGACAUUUUUGAUACGUGAACAGUGCAGAUUGCAAAUUCCAGAUGCAUGCUGUUGCUGUAACUCUGCCAAGCACGUAGCCAGGUGGAUUUGUCGGCGCACGGCGAUGGAAUUCGUUGCCGCACGAUAGCGGCGACGGCGACGGCGGCGGCUAGCGCAGCGUCGCCGCCGCUGUUCAGCACGUCGCCCGAUUUACCAUAUGCCGGCCGUCCCUUCCGCGUUCACGUUGCAUCGCUUUCAUGCCACUUGACGGGCUGGCCGUGUGCGUUACGGCCGCCUGAUAUUGGGCCCCCGAUGCCUUUUGCUUUGACGAAGCAGAAAGGCGAAGCCUGCGUUGAGAGCGCCGAGCGUCUGCAGAUCGGUUGCCGAACGCCCGCUCGCCGCGCGGCUUCCCCGCGGGGUGGACAAUGGACAUCGGCGUGGAGGUUGGCCAUACGCCCCGCAAAUGUGAUCGCGUUCGGGCGACUUUGCCGACGCCCUACGGCCACAACCGGGAAGAGCUGGCAUGGUGCGCUCGUGCGCUGGCACUGUUUACUUUAUUCGUGAGUGCAUAAUUUUUUUAAAAGAGACUAACACAUUCCAUUGAACCAUGUCUUUUUUUUCCAUCGUAUGGAAAUAUAUAUAGAGAGAGGCCACGAGCGUUUACUCGGAUCAUACGUCGGCACUUUGUAACCGUUAAACUCACAUAUCUGGGAUUGGUGUGCUUCAUGAUAAGGCUUCAGUGUGGGUAAUGUCCUCUAACGUGAUGUAAGUCAAUGCAUUGUAAAGUCCCUAUGAGGUGACCUUUAUAUUAAAUGAUUGUUAGCAGAGUUGAUAUAAUAUAUCUGUCAUUUAGAUGAAUGUGAAAAAGGUUUAUAAAUUACACAGGCACAUUUGCACAUGUAAUGAAUAUGUCCUGCACUACAGGAACACGUAACAGCAUAUCAGUGGAGCCAGUUAUGGUUUGUUUGUUUUAUAUUUAACAUACAAGUGUACGAGCCAUAAAAGACUUAUCUUGUCUGCUUUUUGAGAGAAAUCGACUCCCAGAACCAUACAUGGCGGUGGCUAUCAGCAGCAGCAGCAGCAACAGCGGAGUUGGAGCUUGCAGUGUUGCUGUGGUUCUGGUUACCGACACCAUUCAUCGAUGCUCUUAUAGAACACGCAGACCUGCGUCUGUGCGAGGGUCAUUCAAAACGUUCUUGUGCCGUCAAUUUACUCGAGUGGUCGGGAGGGUUCAGCGUCAGAUAAUUUUCUUUUGCCAGGCUAAUCCACCCUGUUCCCUGCCCCCACCCCCCGACGGCCUCCUUCAUAGCUCCAUGUCUACCAGUCGCGUGUUACGGGAGUGAUGUGCAUUAGCUAAAUGAAACGUGAAUGUAGUGCGAUUGACGGACGGGGGAACUCAGUUCGAGGUGGCGCGCUGUGGCCAGCAGUUUGGGGUGUGCUUCCGUGCGGAAUCGUGGUACUUGAGACAAUGACAAAAUCCUCUGUCCCUUCCUUACGAGGUUUUCGGCUUUUGAAUGACCCUCGAGGAUGCGUUGCGCGUGCGUCCCGUGCCUGUGCCUACGCUCGCGCGUCCAGACGCAGCGUUUGAUCCCCCGCGUGGUGAACACGAGCCAGUGAGGACUUCUCCGAGUACCGAUGUGAUGCGCGCACACGUGCGUGCGUGCGUGCGUGUGCGUGCGUGUGCACGCACGUGCCGUGCUGGCACCCGGUGAGCUGAAUGUAAUUUUAAUCGAACAGCUUUGUGGGCCACACGCCAUGCCUCGCCGGCCUCGUUUUCAUCGGCGACGCGUCGACUUAGAGCCAGUCCUGUGCGUAGUGUUAGACGACGAUGUUACCGACAGCGCAGUUUGUUUUGGUUUUUGUCUUCUCAGUUGCUGUUCUGUGGUGAAAGGCAUCGUGCUUUCGUAAGGGUCCAUCGUUUUAUUUCGCGGUAGGUUUUUAUUUUCCCCAUGAUACUGUACCGUUGUUUAUUCGUGCGCUUCGGUAAGCGUGAUGCUGUGAUUAAAGAUCUCGAGCUGUGCGUUCAUCCUAAGGUGGAACCAUCGGGACAUUUGUAUACACUCUCUCUUUUCUACUCUCGAUGUCAAUCAACAUUUACAAUGUAUACUGUCGCGACGUUGUUUUUACGAAUGCAAAUGUUUCGCUCUGUUCGGGCAAGUACUGUUUUACGAUUGUUCUUUUUUUUUUCGCUCGUGAAAACUCCGUAACUUUUUUUUUAUACACGUGUAUAUAUAAAGCGUAAACUUAACAACAACAACAACAACAAAAA